AAACAGCAACUAGCAAUCAUCUAGCCGGUUCAUCGCUUGUCGCAGCAUCUCCUCGCGUCUUUCGUGCACCUUCCGCGGCUGUCUAAUGGCGACUAUGAUGGCCAUGAGCUCCUUCGUCGGCGCCGCCGUCCUGCCUCGUGGCUCAGCUGGCCGCUUCGGCGCCCGUUCAGUGCCGGCGCUGGGCCGGCGCGCUCUUGUCGUCAGGGCACAGACCGAGGGCCCGAGUGCACAACCGCCAAACAAACCCAAGGCCAGCACCUCGAUCUGGGACGCGAUGGCGUUCAGCGGCCCGGCGCCGGAGCGCAUCAACGGGCGGCUAGCCAUGGUAGGCUUCGUAACGGCACUUGCGGUGGAGGCAGGUCGCGGCGACGGGCUCCUCUCGCAGCUCGGCAGCGGCACCGGGCAGGCGUGGUUCGCCUACACCGUGGCGGUGCUGUCCAUGGCGUCGCUGGUGCCGCUUCUCCAGGGCGAGAGCGCCGAGGGCAGAGCCGGCACCAUCAUGAACGCCAACGCGGAGCUCUGGAAUGGCCGUUUCGCCAUGCUCGGACUCGUCGCUCUGGCGGCCACGGAGAUCAUCACGGGCGCCCCCUUCAUCAACGUGUAGAAUAAACUAGCUUUCUUGCCGACACGAUAACACGACUUGUACUUAUCUAGUAGGACAUCUGGACAUGUAAAUGAUGAUAACUGAUCAUCCUCUUAUUGUAGUACGUAUGUAGUAUUGCUAAUUAAAGACGGGUAUCUUUCUUUUUUCUCA